AUGCCCACCAACUUCACCGUGGUGCCGGUGGAGGCACGGGCGGACGCGGCCCAGACCCAGGACGGCGGGGACGAGGCGGCCGGGCGGCCGGAGGCGCAGGGCUGCCCCGAGGGCGGUGCAGGGCCCGAGCCCGACCGCCCGAGCCCGAGCCCGGGAGAUGGCACUCCCAGGGAAGUCAGCCCCUUCCUCGGCAAUGUGGAGCUGGAGCACAAGGACUUCCUCGAAGGGAAGAACAUGGCCCUUUUUGAGGAGGAGAUGGACAGUAACCCCAUGGUGUCAUCACUGCUCAACAAGCUGGCCAAUUACACCAACCUGAGCCAGGGUGUGGUGGAGCACGAGGAGGGCACCCACUGGGUCUCCUCUCCUAAAGUGCCCUGUCUCUCCUAGACCAUGCUGACGGCUAUCUCAAUGAGCGCUAUUGCCACCAAUGGCGUUGUCCCAGCCGGCGGCUCGUACUACAUGAUCUCCCGGUCGCUGGGCCCCGAGUUUGGAGGGGCCGUUGGGCUCUGCUUUUACCUGGGCACCACGUUUGCUGGGGCCAUGUACAUCCUGGGCACCAUUGAGAUCUUCUUGACCUACAUCUCCCCGAGCGCGGCCGUCUUCCACGCGGAGGCCGAGGGCGGCGAGGCGGCCGCCCUGCUGCACAACAUGCGUGUUUACGGCACGUGCACGCUGGCCCUCAUGGCCGCCGUGGUCUUCGUGGGCGUCAAGUACGUCAACAAGCUGGCCCUGGUCUUCCUCGCCUGCGUGCUGCUCUCCAUCCUCGCCAUCUACGCCGGCGUCAUCAAGACGGCCUUCGACCCGCCCGACCUCCCGGUCUGCCUCCUGGGGAACCGCACGCUGGCGUGGCGAAGCUUUGACGUCUGUGCCAAGGUGCACUACGGUUCCAACGGCACAGCGCCCACGGUGCUCUGGGGCCUCUUCUGUAACGGGUCCCUGUCGGACACCGCCUGCAACUCGUACUUUGCCGAGAACAACCUGACGGUCAUCCAAGGCAUUCCUGGCGUAGCCAGUGGUGUCGUCCUGGAUAACUUGUGGAGCAGAUACACGGGCAAGGGCUUGUUUGUGGAGAAGGGGGGCACGCCCUCGGCACCCGUCCCCGACAAGGCCCGGCCCAGCGGCCUGCCCUACGUGCUCACGGACAUCACGACCCACUUCACCCUACUGGUCGGCAUCUACUUCCCAUCGGUGACCGGCAUCAUGGCAGGCUCGAACCGCUCCGGGGACCUGCGGGACGCCCAGAAGUCUAUCCCCACAGGCACCAUUUUGGCCAUUGCGACCACAUCCUUCAUAUACCUGUCGUGCAUCGUGCUGUUCGGGGCGUGCAUUGAAGGCGUGGUCCUGCGGGAUAAGUUCGGGGAGGCCCUGCGGGGCCAGCUGGUCAUCGGCAUGCUGGCCUGGCCGUCCCCUUGGGUCAUCGUCAUCGGCUCCUUUUUCUCCACCUGUGGCGCAGGCCUGCAGAGUCUGACGGGAGCCCCACGCCUGCUGCAGGCCAUCGCCCGGGAUGGCAUCGUCCCCUUCCUACAGGUGUUCGGCCACGGGAAGGCCAACGGGGAGCCCACCUGGGCCCUGCUGCUGACGGCCCUCAUCUGUGAGAUCGGCAUUCUCAUUGCAUCGCUGGACAGUGUGGCGCCCAUCCUGUCCAUGUUCUUCCUCAUGUGCUACAUGUUCGUGAACCUGGCCUGCGCCGUGCAGACCCUGCUGCGUACCCCCAACUGGCGGCCACGUUUCAAGUACUACCACUGGACGCUGUCUUUCCUGGGGAUGAGUCUGUGUCUGGCCCUGAUGUUUAUCUGCUCCUGGUACUACGCCCUCUGCGCCAUGCUCAUUGCUGGCUGUAUCUACAAGUACAUCGAGUACCGCGGGGCGGAGAAGGAGUGGGGAGAUGGCAUCCGAGGCCUCUCUCUGAACGCCGCACGCUACGCACUGCUCCGUGUGGAGCACGGCCCCCCCCACACCAAGAACUGGAGGCCCCAGGUGUUGGUGAUGCUGAGCCUGGACGAGGAGCAGGCCGUGAUGCACCCGCGGCUGCUCUCCUUCACCGCCCAGCUGAAGGCCGGCAAGGGCCUGACCAUCGUUGGCUCUGUGCUCGAGGGCACCUACCUGGACAAACACGCCGAGGCCCAGCGCGCCGAGGAGAACAUCCGGUCCCUGAUGGGCGUGGAGAAGACCAAGGGGUUCUGCCAGCUGGUGGUGUCCUCCAGCGUGCGGGACGGCACGUCCCACCUGAUCCAGUCGGCCGGGCUCGGGGGGAUGAAACACAACACAGUGCUGAUGGCCUGGCCGGACGCCUGGAGGCAGGCCGACAACCCCUUCUCCUGGAAGAACUUCGUCGACACCGUCCGGGACACCACGGCAGCACAGCAGGCCCUGCUGGUGGCCAAGAACGUGGACCUGUUCCCAACCAACCAGGAGCGCUUCAGCGACGGGCACAUCGACGUGUGGUGGGUCGUGCACGACGGGGGCAUGCUGAUGCUGCUGCCUUUCCUGCUGCGCCAGCACAAGGUGUGGAGGAAGUGCCGCAUGCGCAUCUUCACGGUGGCCCAGGUGGACGACAACAGCAUCCAGAUGAAGAAGGACCUGCAGGUGUUCCUGUACCACCUGCGCAUCAGCGCCGAGGUCGAAGUGGUCGAGAUGGUUGAAAAUGACAUUUCCGCCUUCACCUACGAGAAGACCCUGAUGAUGGAGCAAAGGUCCCAGAUGCUGAAGCAGAUGCAGCUGUCCAAGAACGAGCGGGAGCGGGAGGCCCAGCUGAUUCAUGACCGAAACACGGCGUCGGCCGUAGCUGCCAAGACCCAAGCCCCGCCCACACCAGACCGGGUGCAGAUGACCUGGACCAAGGAGAAGCUGGUCGCUGAGAAGCACAAGGUUAAAGACGCCAAUAUGGCGGGCUUCAAGGACAUCUUCAGCCUGAAGCCGAACCAGUCCAAUGUCAGGAGAAUGCACACGGCUGUGAAGCUCAAUGGUGUCGUCCUCAGCAAGUCCCAGGACGCCCAGCUCGUGCUGCUGAACAUGCCGGGGCCCCCCAAGAACCGGCAGGGAGAUGAGAACUACAUGGAGUUCCUCGAGGUCCUGACCGAGGGCCUGAACCGCGUCCUCUUGGUCCGUGGCGGCGGCCGGGAGGUCAUCACCAUCUACUCCUAA